CGGCUGCGGGCGAGGGAUGCGCCGCGCCCCGACACGCAGCCUUGCUAACGUGAUGACCUGACAAGAUAGAGCACAGUCCUGACUAUGCAGCACAGGGACUGAUGGGAAAGGAUCCAAUAUGAGUGUAAAUGAUGUUGGAGGCAGACGACGCUUUGAGGAUAGCGAGUACACGCUGCACAUCUACCCUGGGAGCAUUGCAGAGGGGACAAUCUACUGCCCCAUCACUGCCAGGAAAACGUCCACGGCUGCCGAGGUGAUCGACUCGCUCAUCGACAAACUGCAGCUCGAGAAAACAAAAUGUUACGUGCUGGCCGAAGUGAAGGAGUUCGGAGGGGAGGAGUGGAUCCUCAACCCCACGGACUGCCCCGUGCAGCGCAUGAUGCUGUGGCCGCGCAUGGCGCUGGAGAAGCGUGCCAGCGGCGACGACUAUCGCUUCCUGCUGCGCGAGAAGAACCUGGACGGCUCCAUCCACUACGGCAGCCUCCAGUCCUGGCUGCGCGUCACAGAGGAGCGGCGCAGGAUGGUGGAGCGCGGCUUCCUCCCCCAGCCCCAGCAGAAGGACUACGAUGACAUGUGCGGUCUGCCCGACCUGAACGAGAAAACGCUCCUGGAGAAUCUUAGAAACCGCUUCAAGCAGGAAAAAAUCUACACCUAUGUCGGCAGCAUCCUCAUUGUUAUUAAUCCCUUCAAGUUCCUGCCUAUUUAUAACCCCAAGUACGUCAAGAUGUACGAUAACCAUCAGCUGGGGAAGCUGGAGCCCCAUAUUUACGCUGUGGCAGAUGUGGCUUACCAUGCUAUGCUCCAGAGGAAGAAGAACCAGUGCAUUGUGAUUUCAGGAGAGAGCGGCUCGGGAAAGACACAGAGCACCAACUUUCUGAUUCAUCACCUCACCGCCCUCAGCCAGAAGGGAUUUGCCAGUGGAGUAGAACAGAUUAUUCUUGGAGCUGGCCCAGUGCUUGAGGUAAGAUGGGAACGAUAGUAGUGUGGAAAUGUUUUGACGGUGAAAAAAACCCAGACCUGAGUAGCCGGAGUUUUAUUGUGACACUUACUCUGAGGUUAUCUGCUAAAUACUGUUAAUAAAGGGCCAACAGCGUUAACAAUGAGAGAAGGUUGUGUUUCCACCUAUAGAAUCCUACCUGCUUCCAAAAAAAUUAGGAUAAAAAUAGAAGUACAGCAGAUGGCUUGCUGCCAAAUUUGUUAAUGCUUUGUUUUCACUCAA